AUGAAUUCUAUUAAUAUGCGGUGUCAUUGGCCAACUGUAUUAAUGGAGGACCCUGAAUCGUCUUCUAAAGCUGAAAUGGCCCCUCCUUCGCCUUUAACAUUUGUGCUUUUAUCUCAAGAAACGAUUCUAGAGGUUGAUUUCAAAUCAGGAGGGAUUCACGGAGCUACAUCGAUGAAAAUUGGAAUAUCAUCCAAAGAAAUAAUUCCACUACUUAACUUUCAUGUUGGAUUUCUUGGUACCAUCCAUUUACGUGAUUAA